AUGUCGUUUCCGGACAACCUCAAACCCAAGGAGCCCAGCGGCGCGUCGCUGCUGGCGAGGGAGCGCCAACAGUCGCCAAUUGCCGUCGACGCCCUGGGUGCGCACAUUUUUGCCGGCACCGGCUUCCUCGCCCGACAGGCCCGCGUACUCUCCGUCAUGGCGGCGGAGCCGCUGCUCGACAAGUCCCGCCAGCAGCAGCUGUCGCGCGUGGACCGGGUCCGGCUAGGUCUCGCGCGCGGCAAGCUGCUGCGCCGGUUGCAGGCACGACACGGCUGGGACAUGGACGACUACCACAUGGCGGCGUACCUGCUGGGCGAGCAGAGCCCGUACCGGCUGCACGUGGGCAUGUUCCGCACCACGAUCCAGGAGCAGGCGAGCGAUGCGCAGCGGGCGUACUGGAUGCCGCGCGUGGACGCCUGGGAGGUGACGGGCACCUACUCGCAGACGGAGCUCGGCCACGGGAGCAACGUGCGCGGCGUCGAGCUCGAGGCCCGCUGGGACCCGGCGGCCAAGGAGUUUGUCGUCCACAGCCCGACCCUGACGGCGGCCAAGUGGUGGAACGGCUCGCUGGGCAGGACGGCAAACCACGCUGUCUUGAUGGCGCAGCUGAUGGUGCCGGAUCCGAAGCGCAAGGGCGAGUACGUCUCGCACGGGCCGCAGGCGUUUAUUGCUCAGAUUCGAGACGCCAAGACGCACCUGCCCCUCGAGGGCAUCGUCAUUGGCGACAUUGGUGUCAAGAUUGGGUUUGCGUCCAUGGACAAUGGCUAUAUGCUCUUUGAUCAGCUCAGGAUUCCACAUUCAGCACUGCUGUCGCGAUAUGUUCAGCUCGACCCCGAGACCAGUGUCUUUUCCAAGUCUCCCAACGCGGCUCUGUCCUACGGUACCAUGACGUCCAUUCGGACCGUGCUCGUCGAAGAGGCCGGCACCCACCUCGCGCGCGCCGUCACCAUUGCCAUCCGCUACACGGCCAUUCGCCAGCAGUUCAAGGAUAAGGACUCGCAGGACCCGGGCCGCGACGAGCUGCAGGUGCUCGACUACCCGACCGUCCAGUACCGCCUGUUUCCGCUGCUGGCGGCCGCGUUUGCCCUGCAGUAUACGGGCAAGGUCAUGCGCCAGGACUAUGCCAAAACACGCGGCGAGGUGGAGCAGGGCAACCUCGACGGCCUGGCCGUCAUGCACAGCCAUUCGUCGGGGCUCAAGAGCCUGAGCACCGAGAUUACGAAUGCGGGCAUCGAGACGUGCCGCCGCGCCAUGGGCGGGCACGGCUACGGCAGCGGCAGCGGGCUGGUGGAGAUGCAAAAGGACUACCAGGCCAAGCCCAUCCUGGAAGGCGACAACUGGAUGAUUACGCAGCAGACGUCGUCGUUUCUGAUCAAGAGGAUGGCGGCGGCGGUUGAGACGCGGGGAGAACCGGCCAAGGACCAGACGGAUGCGCAGUUGAAGACGUUUUUGGACCAAAAGGACCAGGGUAGGGCGUUUGACAUUCUCAACAACGACUCUGAUAUCCAGGAAAGCUUCAGGUGGCGGGCAGCUUCCAUGACAUAUGAUGCUUACAAGGCUCGAGUGGUUGACAAGAAGAAACACAAUGAUCUCUUGAUCCAGUUUCACAAACUCAGUCACGCACACUCGUCAUCCAUCAUGGUCGCGUCCUUUUUCACAACACUGACUUCCUCCCACGACCUCCCACCCGAGACAAAGGAAGUAGUGCUUGAUCUUUACCGGUUGUUUGCGUACACUGCCAUCCAAGCCGAAAGCUACGAAUGCAAGGAUCUCGAUGCCCUCCCUGACAGGAUACAGGCCCUGCUCGCACGCAUCCGACCGCACGCCGUCAAGCUCGUCGACGCAUGGCAGAUCCCCGACUAUCUCUUGGACAGCGCGCUUGGCCGCUACGACGGCAACGUGUACGAUGAUCUCUUCAAUCGAGCGCACAGGCUGAACCCGCUCAAUGAUGUUGUUUUCAACCCCGACUACAAGGACGAUGAGAUUAUCAAAGGGAGCGGCGAGCGGAAACCUCUAUCGUCCAAGCUAUAA